AUGCUUGCGCCUAUUGGUUGUGUGGUGGAGGAAGAGGUUGGUGAUUAUUUUUGGGCCCUUGAGUUGGCUCUUGAGUAUCUGAGAUCCCCAAAAAUUAACUAUUUUUCAGAUUCCCCAAAAAUACAUCCAACUUACCGACGUUCUCAAUAUUCAAUACAAUCCAAUUUCAAUUCCCAAAGCUUUUGAAGAUACUCAAUGGUAUGUUAAUUAUAUUAUUCUCACAAUUAUAUAGAAAAAUCAAUUGUUUAAGGCUCAUGGGAAUCGACAGUUCCACACAAAUGCUCGAACUUUAUGUUCAUUGUGAGAAUUAUGACAAUUCGAAGACAUUUGAUGUUGAUGGAAUAAUCAGAUGCUCAUCUGAUAGUACAAUAGAUGUUGUUAAAACUUUCAAGAUGGAAUUCAAUACCGAUCAGAAUCGAAUCAAUGUUCCAAUGUUUGAAGUUGCGAAGAUUCGCAGAGAUCAGGAUUUGAUUUUGACAGUCUCGCUGUUGAUACAAAAAAAGAAUAGAAUUCGGAAAAUUCUAGUUCUUCCACCUCGAAAAAAUCUGAUUCAUCUCAUAUUCCCAGACAAUCGAACAAUCUUCGUGAAGAAAUCAUUGUUGCGUUCACAUUCACACCACUUCGAAAAUCUCGAUCUCGAUAUCAAUGCUGUUAUUGGAAUCGAUGAAAAACUCGAAGAAUUCUCGGAUGUUUUGGAGAUUAUUGAUCCUAUGAAUUGGAAGAAAUCCGGAAUGAUCAAUCAGAAAAAUAUUGGUUAUUCGAUUAGAUUGGCAAAAAAAUAUAACAUGCCAGUGGUUUUGGAGAAAUGCGAGGAAUAUCUCAAAACAAACAUGGAAAUCCAAAAAGAGGACAUUGUGGUUCUUGCAAAUCAAUAUAAGCUCACCGGUGUUAUGAAUUCCUUUGAUGGGGCGUUUCAAAACUCAAGAGGAGAUUGAGAAGUUCCAAGAUUCGGAGAUCUACAAAAACUUGGAAGCUGAGACCAAAUCAGCAUUUUCCAAGAAAAUCGAAUUGAUGAAAACGAUCUCUGAAUCCGGAAAUGAAACACCUUCCGAAGAAUAUACUCGACUGCGCUCGAAUUACCAUGAGAUGAUGGCUAGAUUCGAACCAAGUGAAGAUAUCGCAACGGAAUUUUCUCGAUUGCGAAUUGGUCAACAAACUCCACCUGCUCCGUUGCGAGAGUUCCAUAACCAUGAUUAUAACCCCUUUAUUCCCUUAAACAACCAAUUUCGACGUGGAGUCGUCAUGCCUGGAUAUCCUGUCCCUGCUCCACCAGCUCCAUCGCCAACUCCUGAUUACGAAAAUCAAAGACGUCUCGCAAGGGAAUUCCAAAACGAUGAAUAUAUCCGCUUUCUUCACCACAGAAAUCAACAGCGUCGUGGAAUCGUCAUGCCUGGAUAUCCUGGACAAUUUCCAGCUCAACCAACACCAUGGUAUGUGCGUCACACUUUUGGACCUCAACUCCAGUGCCCUCCAGCCUACAUUUAUCGAACCUCUUUGAACUAUAAUAACGACCCAAACCGAAACCCAUAUGCGCAAUAAAUAAUGAUUGCUCAUAUUAGUUUUUUUUCUUCUAAUUUUCAUCUUAUUUUACAACUUUAAAUGCCCAGUAUGUUUCUAUUGCUCAUAUUAUUAUUUUUUGCAACUUUAAUUUUUCGCGUCGAUUUAAAUAAACCUGAUAACCAAGAACUAAAAAAAUAUUUUCGAAAAAAAAUCAGGGGAAGACCACGUGGUCUGCUUUUUAACUCAACACACCUUGCAAAGUUAAUUUGCAGACCACGGUGGUCUGCUUUUUAACUCAACACGCCUUGCAGAGUUAAUUUGCAGACCACGGUGGUCUGCUUUUUAACUCAAUACACCUUACAAAGUUAAUUUGCAGACCACGGUGGUCUGCUUUUUAACUCAACACACCUUGCAAAGUUAAUUUGCAGACCACGGUGGUCUGCUUUUUAACUCAACACACCUUACAAAGUUAAUUUGCAGACCACGGUGGUCUGUUUUUUAACUCAACACACCUUACAAAGUUAAUUUGCAGACCACGGUGGUCUGUUUUUUAACUCAACAGACCUUACAAAGUUUUCAAACAAGUUUUGCAUGAAACAUUUCAAUAAUAAAAAGUUGGCUGGAAACUGUCUGUGGGAACACAUGAAAACCUCGCUAACAAAAUAUUUUCAUUUUUCAAAAAUAGAAUGGUAUUUCUGAAAUGUCUUAUAGUCUACCUCCCUCAAAUCAUCUCUCAAGGUAAUUCAACAAUCCAAAAUUCUAACAAAAAAUCUAACCGCUCAAAAUGAUUGGCUCACGAUUCAACGAGAACAAUUCUACAAAACCAAAGCCGAAAAAAUCGCGUUCGACUUCGAGACAGCCUACUCCGAUCCAACUUCUGAAAAUUGCCAAAAAGCAAUGGCAGAUCAAAUAACAUUCAUUUACGAGAGUAGAAAUCUGACAUUUCAAAGAGAUGGUUAUGUAACAGAUGUAGCGAAAUUCACAAGAAGGUUGGCUGAAACUGAUCGGCAAAUCGGGCAGAUUGAAAUUAAAGAUUAUGUUUGGGACAAGAAUCAAUUAGUGGUUAAGUAUAAUAUUAUUGGAAAGAGAAAGAGAAACAUGACUAUCAAAGCGAAAGCUGAAAAAGGAUCGGAUAUUUUAAAAGUUUAUUGUGUUGAAGAGCAACUUAUCCGUAAUAAAUAG